AUGAAAAAGAGAGGACAAACCAGAUCUGAUUUCACGUUUGAAUUCUCAAACCCGCCAAUCAUAUUUUCUCUCUCUUUCUCACUCACCAAACAAGAAAAUAAAUAGAUCCAAUUUUCCUUUUUACGUUUCUUGUUAUCUUGGUUUUCUCGGGAAAACAUCAAUGUCUUCGUUUGCUUCUCAAGAAUCUGAAUCUAAUUCACGAACUCUUUACUGCCGCAAAGAAAAAUCUCUUGGCCUUUUAUGCUCCAAUUUUUUGGCGUUGUAUAAUCAUGACAGCGUUCAAACGAUUGGACUGGAUGAUGCGGCUUCAAAACUAGGAGUUGAACGUCGUCGUAUAUAUGAUGUAGUGAAUAUAUUGGAGAGUAUCGGAGUAGUGGCAAGAAAAGGAAAGAACCAAUACUUAUGGAAGGGUUUUGGAGAAAUUCCAAAGGCUUUGGAGAAGCUUAAGGAAGAGGCUCUUAAACAGAAUUUCUGUUUCUCAGAUUGCAGUAAAUCAUUAAGGGUCUUAGAUGAAAAUGAAAGUGCAGACUCUUCAUAUGUGAAGAAUGAAGGGCAAGAUAAUCUUUCAGAAUCAUCAAAACGUACUGAUACAAAAAGAGAAAAAUCCCUUUGGCUUAUCACACAGAACUUUGUCAAGCUUUUCCUUUGUUCAGAUGCUGAAUUGAUCACCCUUGAUAGUGCAGCGAUUGCUUUGCUGGGAGAUGUCCACAAUUCUACUGCUGUGAGAACAAAAGUGAGACGAUUGUAUGACAUUGCCAAUGUGUUUUCUUCCAUGAAUUUAAUUGAGAAGACCCAUCACCCCGAAAGCAGGAAACCAGCAUUCAGGUGGCUGGGAUGGGGAGCCAAACUCCACAAUGGAUCAACGACAGCAUUGGAAUUGAAUGAAUCAAAGAAGAGGACGUUUGGGACUGAAAUUACAAACCAAAAUCUAAAGAGAACGAAGGCAAACUCCUCUAUUCAUCGGAAGUUAAACCAGAAGGAAAAUACGGGAAUGCAUAUUAAGCUCGAUAGUGUAGAACAUGAUCAUAAAAUGCAGCAACAUUCAAAGCAAUGCUCCAAGGGUUUUGCAUUUGGCCCUUUUACUCCUGCUGCUAUAUCCUCAGGAAACAGAAAUGUGAGACCAAUUCGGGACUGGGAGAGCCUUGCUUCUAUUUAUAAACCUCAGUAUCUUAAUCAAGCUCUUAGUGACCUUUUUGCUCAUUACAUGGAAGCAUGGAACUCUUGGUAUGCCGAAGUUGCAAGAAAAGAAGAGAUUCAUUGAAGUCCCCAAUCGUCCUUCUCUAUUUGAUUCUCUAACUCAAGAUGACCAAAUACACAUGUUCAAAAAUGGUACGCAACAUUUGUUUCUGACACUGUUGGAUGUAUUUUCUCGAUCCAACAACCCUCUCAAGUAAUCAUAUAAUCUGUCUUUUCGUGCAUUUCAUAAUUUCCUCUUUGAGCUUCCCAUUUUUCCUCUCUUUUUCAGAAACUUAGAACAUUCAAUAAGUUUCUGAAGUACUUACUGAUUAAAGAAAAAAGAAAAAAGAAAUCAUUGUGAAUUUUA